UCGAACUAAUUUCUGUGUUAUGUCAGCGGUAACACCAAAAAUAAUUGAGUGCAAAAAGGCUUUGUGGGUAAGCAGUAACAAUCAGUAUGCUUUAAAAAUAUCAGCAAAAAAAGUGUUACGACAGCUUGGGGUUAAAUUUUAUUAUGUAAAUUUAAACACUUAAACUCGGUAUUAGUGACUCCACGGUCGCCACACUACACUUAAGCCGCAAAUUCUGCUCAAAUAGUCAGCAUACAGGUUUUCCUAAUAAUAACAAUAAUCGAUUUUUUUUUUAACACAGGUAUAGAAUAAAAAAAAUAUAUAUCAAGCACGUAUUUUCAAAAAUGUGAAGCUGUGACAUUUUUUUCCCAUUUAUUAAAAAUGUAACACUCUGUGAUUGUAAAAGAUAUUUACAUCUUCUUUAAUGAACGUUAAUGAAUUAGAACUCAAGUACAAAAUUAUGUAAUGAAUUGAUACGCUGUGAUGUUUGGUUUGGUUUGCCUUUAUUAGGAUUUUAUUUUACAAGUUUAAUAUUUUAUGUUGACCAUAACGUUAAUUUUACUUACCCAUAAGAGUGAUAGAAAACGUUAUCUAUAUAAAAGUUCGUCAAGUGUUUUACUGUUGUAACUUCAGAGUUCUAAAGACAGUAACAAGUUUGAUAAUUGCUUUUAGUUAAAAUGUUUAGUGUUGUCUUCAUGCGUUAUAUCGAGUUUAAAAAGGCACCUCGACAGUCUAGCUUUUUCACUGCUUUACCACACUGUGAAGGUUUCUUGUCUAUAUUAUAUAAAACUUUGUAUUUUUAAGUAUAGAAAAGCUUUGUAGUUCUUACCACCAUGCUUGUUUGUUUCUCUGUACAAAAUUAUGACAGUUUAUUGAAUCUUUCUUUGUCAAGAUUCGGUUGGUCUGAAGUAUUUAAAUUUGCACUUUUUAGCUUCUUUGAAGCAAAUUUUGUCUGAGAAAAUCCUUCUGAGAAAAUCCUUGUAAUUCACAUUCGCAUUACCCUUUAUUUAAAUAACUGACCAAAUAAAAAGAAUUAGCACUUCCAAUUAGUUCGACUGAUUUUGUGCUAUUCAUUCCUGUAUAUCUGAUAUUGAGUGAAUAUGAUUCUGACCAAAUGUACUUGCAUUUGUUAAGUAGCAUGCACUGCAUUAUCUACGAUAUCUUCUUUGUGAUAAUAACCGUCGUCUGUCUGUUUGUUACGGAAACAUGAAAUGCGAUAUAUAAAGGACGGGCGACCCCGUGGAUUUUUCCACGGGUUGACGACUAGUUUUUCAAUACAUUUGAAUGUAACAACAGUCUGGAUUGCAAAAUGUUUAAUACAGUUGUUUUUGUUUCGUGAUAAUAAUAUUGACAUGUUUUUUUCUUAACUAGCAAAUGAGAAACUAAACAAUAAAUAAUAAUUAUAGCAGCUGCAGGGCACAGAAUUAUGGGUCUCGCAUGCAGAAAGAGUCCAAUUGAAUCCUCUAACAACAGUCUUAACGCACAAAUAAAAACUUCACACAAAGUUAAAGAAAAUACUGAAACAAGUGUGAACAUGGACGAUGAUGAUUUCGUUCCACCUCCAGCACGUGGUCGACGACAGGCUGUCGCAGCUGAAUCCUACGACCCAACUGCAGAAGAUGAAGAAAGUGAAAUAAUUGUCGUCAACCCAAAGACUUCCGAACAAUUAAAAUGUUUAGAAGAAGCAGCAAAGGGGAUAAUAUUUUUCGAAAAAUGCGACGCCGAGCAAAAGCGAAUUCUUUUCGACGCUAUGUUUGAAAAACGCGUCAAAGAAGGCGAUGUUAUAAUUCGUCAAGGUGAUGACGGUGAUAACUUUUACGUCAUUGAGGAAGGUAAAUACGACGUUUUAAUUAAAGACGGUGAUGGAGAGAAAAAAGUCGCUACGUUACAAGAUAAAGGUUUCUUUGGAGAACUAGCGUUGUUAUAUAACUGUCCAAGAAAUGCCACCAUUAUGGCCACAGGCGAAGGUAUCUUAUGGGGGUUAGACCAAAAAACAUUUCGACAAAUAGUUGUAAAAGCAACCGCUAAAAAACGGAAAACGUUCGAAACUCUUUUGAUGGGUGUUUCGAUGCUCGAUUCUUUGACACCAUACGAGUUGAUGAACCUUACUGAUGCUUUAGACGAGAAGCGCUUCUCCAAAGGUGAGGAAAUUAUAAAAGAAGGUGAUUCUGCAACCAACAUGUAUUUUAUCAUGCAGGGAGAAGUGUCUGUGCGUGUUACAGACAAAAAUACAAAUACAGAACAAGAAGUAGUUAAGCUAAACCGAGGUCGAUACUUCGGUGAAUUGGCGCUAGUUUUACAAAAGCCACGUGUAGCUUCAGUCUAUUCGUACACUGAUGAUACUAAAUGUGCUGUGCUGAACAUAAACGCGUUUGAAAGAUUGCUUGGACCUUGUGUUGAAAUUAUGAAACGCAAUGUACAUAAAUAUGAAGAGGAACGGAAAAAAUUGGGAAUUAACAGUAUUUCUAAUGAACUCAAUGGAACGUCGAAGUAGCUUUCACCACCACGUUACAAACAUUUUCGAGAGCGAAAUUAAAAGUAGAUUCUUAUGUUUGUUCUGUGUACGUUUUGUCCUUUAGGCGUACCUUAGAAACUUAUUUGGAAAUUCGAGAUAAUGCGAUAACAAUAGCAAAAAGUGUAAUCACGACUUAACAACGGUUGUCACAUCGCUUGUUUGUUUGUUUGCUUAUUUAAUUGUUUGUUUUAUAUUGUAAAUAAAUAGUUUGUCGAGAAUAAUUUGUCUUAGCCA